AUGGUGCAACCUGACCUCCCUCCCGAGAUUUGGCUAGAAAUCCUAGCUUACUUCCACCCGUCCUUUGUUGUGAAUAUGAUGGGCGUCAGCCGAUUCCUUUUCGAGACGGCAAUGGACUUCAAGUACCGUAAAUUUGAACUCAUCUCCAAUGACAGAGCCUCAAGAAGGGCCAUUACACAGCUUAGCCAUCGAAACAUUGCAAACCGCGUUCAGCAUUUAUAUCUUCGCCCAGCCUUCCUCCCCAGCAGCGGUGAAGCCUCUGUACCUCUGAGAGAAGUAUCACAGUCAGCCAUCCCAAACAACCGCUUCACUUGGCUGGCAUUUCCCCAUUUUGGCUCUCGGUCGCGGAAUCGCUCAUCAAGCUCGGCUAUAUCGACAGCACAACCAGCCCCACAUCGUAGCGAAAACCUUCUCGAAGUUGCAUCCAAGUCCCUUUCUCAAUGCUCGAAUAUACAGAGAGUCACCAUCGUGUUAUACGACUACGCCAUUACGUCGUCUUUCGACGCAUUCCUCGACAACCUAUGGUCAUCUUCCGGGAAUAGCGUCCAAAGAAUUUCUGCACAAUCGAUCCCGGAGAACCUCACCCCUCUCCUUCGCUCCAUCACAAAUGGAAGCGGCAAACUCGUCAACCUACACCAUCUCGAAGUCACCCUCCUGAACUCUCACUCUCUAUUCGAUCUUCACUCCGCAACCAACUCUAUUCUUGGACUUCUGUCGAAGUUUGGGCCCAGCCUUUCCCACCUCUCCCUUUCAUCGCUCGCUGCUUUCGACUUCUCUCUUUUACUUGCGAGACUGGCUGGAGUCGCUCUUCCAAAGCUCGAAACUUUCGAACUUUGGCUCCCUAUCACGAAUGAAACGUUGCACCAUCAACGUGCACUAACACGUUUCUUGCAGGCUCACAAUGGCACGCUGGGACAUUUCGUCUUACGAAAUCAGCCCAAAGCCGACAUUCCACUCCGUGCGGCUGGUGUAGACCAGCUGAAUAGGUGGCUUCACGCGGAAUUUCCAACCAUCGCUCUGCCGAAAGUGCACACCCUGGACAUCGGUGCCUCGACCAAAUGGCUUCAGUUAACACCAAACCGUCAACCAAUAUCUCUCCCGAAACUCGUACCCUCGCCCCUUCCACAUCUCCAGAAUCUGGUCUACCAUACGACCUAUCCGCUUCCGGAUGAGGAGAUGCGACACAUCCUAAGUGCGACGGGUAGGGUACUGGAGUCAUUGGACAUCUGGAUUGAAUUAUUUACAUCAAGCUCACUCGAUGCCCUCGCCCAAGACUUGACGCCCAAUCUCAGGAGCCUCGCACUGGGGUACAAGACGUCCACGGGAGCCGGAUCUCUGGGGAGAGGUGUCUUCUGCGGCGAGAUUUCGCGAAGAAGGUAUCCCAACUGGCCCUUACGGACGCUGAGGCUGGGUUACAAGGGUAACUGUGGAGAGAUACACGUCGACAAGCCGUAUUGCAACGCGGUGGAGAAAACCGUGACAAGGGCUCUAGAGAUUGACGGGCGUAACAGAUGCUGUUGUUUCGCCGAUUACUUUGAGCCCAUAUCCACAGGUACCGUUAUUAAUCCCUGGGCUGAGGGCGCCUAA